CGCUUUCGCUUUUGAGAUUUUUGAUCAGUGCAGGCUUCCGUAGCACUCACAGUGGAAGAAUGGCCGGCUGGAUGUGGCUCCGCUGUGUUUUAGGGCCUCAUUUGCAACGAAUUCACAAAUCACCGGACCAACAUCACCCUGGAGGGAGGGGAUGGACCUACCAACCCAAGAGCCUGGAGAAGCACACAGACAGCAUCCUCGGCUGGGCUUCAGCACUGUGGUCUCUGUCCUACUACAGCUCCCCUCUUCUCCUCUGCUAUCUGUACAGAAAAGGUUACAUCUGCACCAGUAAGUUGGUUCCAUUGAGUCAGUAUCUGGGAACAGUGCUGGUGUGUCUUCUGGGAGUGGCCUGUCUUAGAGGGUACGGGAGAUGGAAAAACUCAGAGUAUCUUCAGUUUAUCUCCAUUCUUGAAGAAACCAAAAAGAAUCACACACCAGCAAACAAGAAAAGAGUGAGGUGCUACGACUUUGACUUCUCGCACUGGCCUUUGGAUUUCAGCUGGACAGAAGUCAGCAGUCCGAAACAAUCCAAGGCUGGUGUUUCACUGCUAAAGCCAGAGCCCAGAUUAAGAGGGGCUGCAGACAGUGUCCUCAAUUCUGUGCGGACUUUACCAUGCCACAUCAUCGGCUUUCUUAUAACCCACUCGUUUGGGAGGAGGAUGCUUUACCCUGGAUCUGUAGGUUUACUGCAGAAAGCCAUGAGACCUAUGCUCCAGCAAGGCCAGGCUAGGUUAAUAGAAGAGUUUGAUGGCCAGAGGAACAAGCUCAUGGCCUGCGAUGGUAAUGAGAUCGACACAAUGUUUGUGGAUCGAAGGAGAGACGGGGGACAGAAUGGCCAGACGCUGGUCAUCUGCUGUGAGGGGAACGCAGGCUUCUAUGAGGUGGGCUGCAUGAACACGCCACUGGAGGGUGGCUACUCUGUUCUGGGCUGGAACCACCCUGGCUUUGGAGGCAGCACGGGAGUGCCGUUCCCCCAGAAUGAGGCCAACGCCAUGGAUGUAGUGAUCCAGUUUGCAAUACACAAACUGGGCUUCAAGAUCAGCGAUAUUGUCGUAUAUGCCUGGUCCAUUGGAGGGUUUACAGCCAGUUGGGCAGUGAUGUCAUACCCAGAGAUCCAGUCAAUAGUGUUGGACGCCUCCUUCGACGACCUCCUGCCUCUGGCCCUCAAGGUCAUGCCUGACAGCUGGAGGCCAUUGGUACAACACACAGUUAGGCAGUACAUGAAUCUCAACAACGCCGAGCAGCUUCUCAAAUAUCAGGGACCAGUCCUGCUCAUCAGGAGAACCAGAGAUGAGAUCAUCACCACAACGGGUCCAGAGGAUGUCAUGUCUAACAGAGGCAACGACCUCCUGCUCAAACUGCUACAGUUCAGGUACCCAAAGAUAAUGACAGAUGAAGGGAUUAGAGUUGUCAGACAAUGGCUGGGAUCCACUACUCCGUUAGAAGAAGCAUCAGUGUACAGUGGCUACGAGGUGGACGAUGACUGGUGUGUGUCUGUGCUGCAGUCGUAUCAGGCAGACAGAGAUGUUUCGUUUCCAUGGAGCGUUGGUGAGGAUAUGACUCUAGAGGGAAGACGGCAGCUGGCUCUUUUCUUGGCGCGGAAGUACAUGCGAAACUUUGAGACAACACACUGCACUCCUCUCCCCGCCUCCGAGUUUCACCAACCCUGGAGACUGUAAAGAAAGAAAGAUGGAUGGAUGACAGGAAACAAGCAGCAGAGGUUUUGGGUGGCCUGUGGUCAGAGCGGGCUCCUGGCAUGGUGUGAAUGUAUAACUGUGAUUUUGUUCCCGGAGUUUUUUUCCAAGACAGAUUUGUUGUCAUGUAUAUUGUUGCUGUGGUGGCAUCUGGAAAGAUCUGGUCUAAUAACCCCCUCUCCCCUCCAACCCCAUGCAAAAACUUGUAAAAUAUGGUAAAUCUCUUGAGGUUAUUGUUGAGUCAUUCUUUCAGUUCUUGUCACUUAAAAGGGUGCAUUUCAUGUAAAUGCAUAAGCCAUCUCUUACUCCUUCCAUUGUUCCUUCUUUGGCUGUGUUUUUAAAGACAUAACUAAAAAUACAAAUACAUUUUGGGACUGUAACUAACAAUUUUUUUUCAUUGUUGAUUUAGCUGUCGAUUAUUUUUAAAACUUGAUAGUUUAUUAAAUGACAGAAAAAGGUGAAAAAUGAUAAUCUGCAUUUUACCAAGAUGACAUCCUUCAAUGUCUUGUCCACAACCCAAAGAUAUUCAGUUUAAAGUCACAUUUAAGAAGCUCGAGUGAGAAUUAAAGAUUUU